AUGGCAUACUUUCCAAUUCGUCGUUAUCGUCUUUUCGAUGAUCCAUUUGAUCGCUUCUUUGGUGAUCAGCUAGAUCUAUUCGAUCCAUGGCGCGACUUCGAUACAUUUCCAACAGCACUUUCGGUUCGACCAAAUGCAUUCCGAUGGGUCAACGAACCUCUUCGAUUAACUCAUGGUAAUCAUUCAAACGCGCCAACAUCGCCAGCACCACAUGCUGAAAAAUUUCGGGUUCAACUCAAUGUGGCUGGCUUCAAUCCUGAAACAAUUAAAACAAAGGUCGAUGGCCGUAAAAUCGUUGUCGAAGCCAAACAAGAAGAUCGACAACCCGAUGGCGACUUCAGCGUCCGUGAAAUUCGUAAAACCUACGAACUUCCCGAACAUGCUGAUGCACAACAUAUGGCUUCCUAUGUAACACCAAACAAUAUGUUGGUCAUCGAAGCACCGAUUCGCAAUCCCGAAACCGAGCGCCGAAUUCAACAAGCCAAAAAUGAGAAUCAAAAUUUGGCUCAAUUCGGUCAAUAUCGUGAUCCGUUGUUUGAUUAUGCUGGCUUUUUGGGUGGUUCUGAUUUUCAACCACGUAUUGUUGACAAAGGCAACAACCAAAAACAAUUGGAAAUGAAUCUUGGCAUGAAGAACUUCAAGCCCCAAGAAAUCAAGGUUUCGGUCAAAAACAAUGAACUCAUUGUUCAAGGUGAACAUCAGCAUAAGGAUGCAAAUCGUUCAGAACGAUCAUUCUUCUACAAAUCGGCUACAUUACCACCUGGAACACAAGUUGAUCAACUUCAAUCGCAUUUAACCGAUGAUGGUCAAUUAAAAAUUGAAGCACCAUUCAUCGAACAAAAAGAAGGACAAAAGUCAAUCGAAGGUCAGAAGAAAUAA